GUGUUUUAUUUUAUACAUUGCAUUUUUUAUGGAAUGUUAUAUUCUCAGUUAAAUAUCAGAGGAGUGUGAGUGUUCUGAUGAAUAGACUAAAAGUGAAUAAUACACUUCCCGGACCGGGAUGUAAUUUGAUAAUAUAUUUAAUCAACCCAGAGUAUUUAUUGAGCUUCUUUUGUGUAUUAGAACACUUGUUUUAAAUCUUGAUGCCACAUCGAUGCUAUGCUCUGCUUUUCAGUUUCCAAAGGGUAUAAUAGCUUUCUUGAUUCAGUCUCAGCAAUCAAUCAAUAGGUGGUAUUUGUGCAGAGCACUGUACUAAGCAGAACUAAGCAGAAGCAGUGGCAAGCAGUCACAUAGUUCUCCCAGAGGGACAUUUCUUAUCCUCAGCUAAAGUUGACCCCCAGACCACUGGAUCACCAUGGAAUCCUGGUCAAACCAUGUGCCCUCUCCCCUCCCCCCCUCCCCCCCAAGACGAGGUUUUAAGAACAAGACUGGAAUUGGCCUUGAAACAGAAAUACAUGGCUUUUUUCUACGGUACUCCCAUGCCGUUUAUCUAACCGUGACUGGUGCAGGGCUUGUCCAGAUGGCCGAGAGAGCUGAGGUUGAGCCAGCCUGCCCAUAAGAAAGAACAUUCAGGCCACAGUGUAGCCAAUCAGCUGAGAAAUCAGGCGAGAAAUCUGAAGAGCCAAAUCUGUAGUGGUGCAGCUGCCAAGAGACUUCAAUAGGCUUUGGAGAAAAUCACCACUCCGAGGAAUGCUGGGACUGAGACAGACUUCUCUCUAGACUGCGAUCUCCUUCUGCGUUAGGAACGUGUCUAUCAACUUCGUUGUAUUUAUUCUGUAUUGGACUCUCUGUACUGUAUCGUACAGUGCUCUGCACAUAAGAAGCAUUUAAUAAAUAUGAUUUAUCGAUUGAUUGGUUUGGAGCCAAAUUUAGGAUGCUGAACCAAUGACCUAUCUCCGGCUGCCCAGCAAGGUUAUGGAGAUGUAUCUCCCGUUCUGUGGGAUCGCCAUAGCUAAUGCUCAACUUUUUGCUGCCUCGAGGAAAGAAUAUGACAGAAGCAGGGCUUUGUUGGAGGUGGUAAAUGAUCUUUUUGAAGAACAGACAGACCUGGAGAAAAUUGUCAAGAAAAUUAUGCACCGUGCCCAGACACUGUUAAAAUGUGAACGAUGCUCCGUUCUGCUCCUGGAGGACAUUGAAUCUCCAGUGGUGAAGUUUGCGAAAUCAUUUGAACUGAUGUCUCCAAAAUACAAUGCAGAUGCUGAGAACAGUUUCAAGGACAGCGUGGAGAAAUCCCCUUAUUCAGACUGGCUAACCAAUAAUAGCAUUGUUGAGCUUGUAGCAUCCACAGGCCUUCCGGUGAACAUCAGCGAUGCGUUCCAAGAUCCUCGCUUUGAUGCUGAAGCCGAACAGUUUUCCGGCUUCCACAUCCGAUCUGUUCUUUGUGUCCCUAUAUGGAACAGCAGCCAUCAAAUCAUUGGAGUUGCUCAGGUCUUAAAUAGGCUUGAUGGGAAACCAUUCGACAAUGCUGAUCAGCGACUCUUUGAGGCCUUUGUCAUUUUUUGUGGCCUGGGCAUCAACAACACAAUAAUGUAUGAUCAAGUGAAGAAAUCCUGGGCAAAGCAGUCGGUGGCUCUUGAUGUGCUGUCUUACCACGCCACAUGUUCGAAGGCAGAAGUGGACAAAUUUAAGGCCGCCAGCAUCCCACCGGUGUCAGAACUGGCCAUUGGUGACAUCCAUUUUAAUGACUUCUCCCUUGAUGUGGACGCCAUGAUUACCGCGGCCCUGCGGAUGUUCAUGGAGCUAGGAAUGGUCCAGAAAUUUAAAAUAGACUACGAGACCCUAUGCAGGUGGCUUCUGACGGUGAGGAAGAAUUACCGAAUGGUACUGUACCACAACUGGAGACAUGCAUUCAAUGUGUGCCAGCUGAUGUUUGCAAUGCUAACGACAGCUGGGUUUCAGGAGAUCUUGACUGAGGUCGAAAUUUUAGCCGUGAUUGUAGGCUGCCUCUGUCACGACCUGGACCACAGGGGAACGAACAACGCCUUCCAAGCCAAGAGUGGCUCUGCUUUGGCUCAACUUUAUGGAACUUCCGCUACACUGGAGCAUCACCAUUUUAACCACGCCGUGAUGAUUCUUCAGAGUGAGGGGCACAACAUCUUUGCUAAGUUGUCCUCCAAAGACUAUAGUGACCUUAUGCAGCUUCUGAAGCAGUCAAUAUUAGCAACGGACCUGACUCUAUACUUUGAAAGGAGGACUGAAUUUUUUGAACUUGUCCAGAAAGGGAAUUACAACUGGAAUCUACAACAGCAUCGAGAUAUAUUUCGGUCGAUGCUAAUGACAGCCUGUGACCUGGGAGCAGUGACCAAACCGUGGGAGAUUUCAAGACAGGUGGCUGAACUGGUAACCAGUGAGUUCUUUGAACAAGGAGACCGAGAAAGAGCCGAACUCAAACUCACCCCUUCUGCUAUUUUUGAUCGCAACAGAAAAGAUGAACUACCAAGGUUGCAACUGGAAUGGAUUGAUAGUAUCUGCAUGCCUCUGUAUCAGGCGCUGGUGAAGGUGAAUGGGAAACUGAAGCCAAUGCUGGAUUCCGUGGCAGCCAACAGAAGCAAAUGGGAAGAAAUGCACCUGAAACAGCUGCUUACCCAAGCCCCUUCCUCCCCUUCUUCCUCCUCUCCCAGCGUCCCCGGUCCUGCUGCAGACAUAAAUUAAACCUGACCGGCUCAGCUGCCA